GCCUUCUUUUUUUUUUUUUUUUUUUUUGUUUGUUUAUUUUCAUUUUUUCGCUGGUUUCCCGUUUGCCCUCCAUCAUUUUAGUUUAAUUUCUUGAUCUAAUCUCUUGAAAGUUGAGUUUAGUUUUAGUGAGAAUUUGCCAGUACCAUGCAGCUACUUAUUGAUUCAGUGCGUAAAACAAAUUGCGGAGUGUUGUUCUUUCUCUCACUGGUUAGUUGUUUGGUUUGGUAUGGAUGUGUUGCUUCUUGGCGAUUGAGAAGGGUUCAGUCCCAUUUAGCAUGGAAGAAUCUAAAAUGAGGGGGAGUUUACAUUUUCUGCUGUUUAUAAGUCUAAUUGAAUUGCCAUACGAUCCCUAACAAAGUAUGAUUGAAGUAAAUCAUAACGUGGCUAAUUAUUGGUGGGAAUUUAACAAAGGGGCUGAGAAAAUUUGUUGGAGCGCUGUCUGUGUAGAGUGUAGAUCUAUAAGAGGAGGGUGUUAUGGGAUUUAGAAGUAUAGCUCUUUUCAGGUAAGUUAUGAUGGUGUCGGCUUGACCAAAUUAGGGAUUGUUGAACCACCCUGGAAUUUUGCAAAAAAUUGUUCUGAAGGGGAAAUUCUUCUACUGAAAGCUCCUUUAUGGAGACCAAGCUAGACAGUAGACCUUCAUUUUCUCUGAGAAGCCUGUUACUGGAAAAGAUGGUGUAUGGGAGGAAUUUGAAUGGGAAAUGGUCAUAGUUUAUAAGGAUAGGUGAAUGCUAAGGGAACAAAUGUUUAAAUUGUCUCACCCCCAAGCUCCACCAAAAUAAAAAUGGUCAUUUUUAUCAAUGUGAUCGUGUUUUCAUCUCCAAAUUUAUAGGGAAUUAGAUAACCUAGCCCAGCUAGUUUAAUUAGGCUUUUGUCUAGUCUAGAUUGAUUUGGCUAAAAUAAGUGGACUUGUGAGUUGGUCUAUGAUUCUACAAGAAUAAUUUGAAUGUACUUGAAUAAACCCCAAUUGUUAAUUACAGGAUAUUAUUUUUCUACUUCUGAUAAAAUUAUUUAUGCAUCUCUAUCAUUUUACGUAGUGGCUAUUUUAAACUUUAUAACUCUAAACAAUUUUUUCAAAAAAUAUCGAAGACUGUUUUAUCUAUUUAUAAUUGAUUGGAGCGUUCUAACUGUAAGUGCAUCUCGACUAGUUUCUUGGGUUUUGAUCAUGAUUGCCAUUUACUUGGGAUAUCAAUUAUCUUAAGAGUUGCCUAAUAUUGAAUAAUGUAGUAGGAUGGAUUAGAUUUUGUUAAAUUUGACAUUGAGACUACUAUUUGUAAUUUUGUGGAUGAAACUAAAUAAAUAAAUUCUUAAGGGGUUGUUUGUUUGACUCGUGGUUACAAAAACACUAGUUUGUAGUGUCUGGGGAUAAGAAGCCUAGGUUUAUAUACUAAAUGUUUUGAUUGUACAUUAUAAUGAAUUAUGGAAAAGGAAGUUUGUGUAGCACGUGUUCGGUUAAUGUGUUUUUUAUUUGAAAAAAAUUAGUUUGUACUAUGAAAGGAAGAGUUUAUGUCUUUGUAACAUGGGUUUUUGUAGUUCAUGGGAUUUGCAAACUUCUAACUUGGGAGUUGGGAUAAGUAAACACGUUUACCAAACAUACAUGUUGGUGCAGUCUCUUAAUCUUGGGCAAUUCAUACCCAACCCAUGAGCUGAACUUUUCGUAAAAAACUGUCUUUUCAUUCACUAUUUUCAUUAAACAAUACUGGAAAUGAUCAACUUCAAUUAUUUGAGCUAACCCGACCUAAAUAUUCUUUGAUUGGAUCGGGUCCAUUACCUCGCUGAGUCAUUUGAAUAGGACAAAGUUGCAAUCGAAGGUAUUGGGUUGAGUUCAAGGAAGUGAUGGAUCCAUGAACAGGCAGUGCAAGAUUCAAGAUAUCUACUUGAAUGGAUCACAAAGUACAGUAUAUGAUGGAGAGACGAGCUAUCAAAGUGCGUAAGAUUGUGCUGGUGUUCAGUUAUCUGUUGAGUUUGGUUCCUCUCAGAUUUAAUACUAAUGCCUCAAUUAGAAAAGACCUAAAUUGAGCUGGUGUUGGCAUGACAAUUGAAAACAUCAAAAGGAAUUUGAUGCAACAUCAACAUGCAUGCAAAAUCCUGCAGGUGACAGGUGUAGAAAUUGCUGAACGUAGAGCAUUAAAGAAAGGAAUUACUUUAGCCCUGGGAUCGAAUUGUUUCUGUGGUGCUUGAAUGGGAUUCCUAUUUCCACUAUUUGAAGUUGCAAGGAGAGGAUGAACUGGAACAGGAGUUGCAACUGAUCAUCUGAGAAAUCAAAGAAAUCAACAACAGGGUCAGAGUUGUUACCUUCUCUUUGAUGCACAUAAAAGGGAAUGGGUCUACCUAUGAGCUUGCUAAGUGCUGCUAGUAGUGAUGAUGGACGGAAAAUCCAUGUUGGUGAUUGUGCUCUUUUCAAGCCACCUCUAGAUUCUCCUCCUUUUAUUGGAAUUAUACGUUCACUGAAGUCAGACAAGGAGACUAAUUUAAGGUUAGAUGUGAAUUGGCUUUACCGACCUGCUGAUGUGAAGCUCCCAAAAGGAUUAUCAUUAGAUGCUGCGCCAAAUGAGAUCUUUUACUCAUUUCAUAAAGAUGAGAUACCUGCCGCAUCAUUGCUUCAUCCAUGUAAAGUUGCAUUCCUCCGCAAAGGCGUUGAACUUCCAUCAAGCAUUUCCUCAUUUGUGUGCAGAAGAGUGUAUGAUACUGAUAACAAGUGUUUAUGGUGGUUAACUGAUAGAGAUUAUAUUAAUGAGCGUCAAGAAGAAGUAGAUCAACUAUUAGAAAAGACAAGGCUAGAAAUGCAUGGGGUGGUGCAGUCUGGAGGCCGUUCACCAAAGCCCUUGAAUGGUUCAAUUCCAGCCGUGCAGCCAAAAUCUGGUUCAGAAAAUAUACCAAAUAGUUCCUUUCUCACUUCUCACGUUAAAAGCAAGAAAAGGGAACGGGGUGAUCAGGGGUCUGAACCCACUAAGAGAGAGCGAUUAUUUAAAGCAGAAGAGGGGGAAUUCGGUCAAUUUAGAUUAGAAAGUACGCUAAAGAAUGAGAUUGCAAAAAUUACUGAUAAAGGAGGACUUACUGACUUUGAGGGGGUUGAAAAAUUUGUCAAACUUAUACAACCUGACAGUUCUGGUAAGAAAAUAGACUUGGCUGAUCGAGUGAUGAUUGCUGAUGUUAUAGCAGUCACUGAUAGGUUUGAUUGUUUAGGAUGGUUUUUGCAGCUCAGGGGUUUGCCUGUAUUAGAUGAAUGGCUUCAAGAAGUUCACAAGGGAAAAAUUUGUGAUGGUAAUGGCAUGAAAGGAAGUGAUAAAACUGUCGAGGAUUUUCUUUUGGCUCUACUUCGUGCCCUGGACAAACUUCCUGUGAAUCUCAAUGCUCUUCAGACUUGCAAUGUAGGCAAGUCUGUGAAUCAUUUACGUACUCAUAAGAACUCUGAAAUUCAGAAGAAAGCAAGAAGUUUGGUAGAUACGUGGAAGAAACGUGUGGAAGCUGAGAUGGAUGUUAAUGAUGCAAAGUCUGAAUCCAGUCGGGGUGUCUCAUGGCCUUCUAAAUCUGGGCCUUUAGAAGUUUCUCAAGUAGGGAGCAGAAAAGCUGGGGGAUCUGGUGAUGAUGGCCUAAAGAGCUCUACACAUCCUAACACGUUUAAACAUUCCCAAGCUAAAUUUGCUCCCACUGAAAUGGUUGGCAAAUCAUCUGCAUCACCAAUCAGCACGAAGUCUUCUUCAACCAUGAGUGCUUUAUCAAAGGAUUAUAACUUUAAAACACUAAUUGCUGGAAACUCAGAUCUUCCCUUGACUCCUAUAAAGGAGGAAAGGAGCAGCGGUUCAAGUCAGUCCCAAAAUAACAGUCAGUCUAGUGAUCAUGCAAAAACUGUGGCAUCUUCAUGCAAAGAAGACACUAGGAGCUCAAAUUCUGGUUCAGGAAGUGUUAGCAAAGUUUCUAGUGGUGCUUCUCGCCAUCGGAAAUCUAGCAAUGGUAUUCACUUGAAUAGUCUCACAGGAACACAGAAGGUAUCGGGGUCUGGAAAACUUAAUGCCGUAAAUAAGAGUUUGACUACCGAAAAGGCCUCUACUGCAUCACAUGAGAAGUCUCCAGAUGUGUCACUUGUUGAACAUGGAUAUAGUCGACUUGUUGUAAAGUUGCCAAACGCCUGCAAAAGUCCAGUUGGAACUACUAGGCUUGUCACUGAAGAUCAAGUUGUUUCAUGUCACAAAGGAUCUCUUCACGAUGAGGUAGGUGAUAAUCGCGAUAAGAAAGCUAAAGGCAGAAGUGAUUUGCUUGGAGCUGGUUUUGCAACUGAAGUGCACUCAGAUCAGUGCCAUAAGAAGGAUCAAUUUCUCAGCUCAGAGGAGGGUAAAGAGGUAGCUGCUAGCAAUGAAAGAUGCAGGCUUGCUGAAGCCAAUGAAGGGCAAUCAGAAACCACUGCUUCUUUGACUGGAAUUAUAUCUAGACCGGGAAAAACUUAUGAUACUUCUCUAAGCUCCAUAAAUGCCUUGAUUGAAAGCUGUGUUAAAUUUUCCGAAUCUAAUACAUCACCAUCACCAGGGGAUGUUGUAGGGAUGAAUCUUCUUGCUAGUGUGGCUACUGGGGAAAUAUCUAAAUCUAAUAAUGCGUCUCCAUUGGAUUCUCCUCAGGAACGAUCACCUAUGGCAGAAGAAUCUUCUGCUGGCAAUGACGGACAAUUGAAAUUUUUGCCUGAAGAGAAUAAAUGUGAUGAAGUUGAUGCUAAUGGUGGGGCUGGCGGUCACUCAUCUUCUGAGCCUAUUGGCAGCAAUAACAUAUUGCAUGAUAGAAAUGGAUCUCAUCCUGUCUCGACCUCAGCUGACUCUUCUAGAGAUGGAAGAACUGUUGCAUUUGGCUGUUCAAGGGACGGUAUUAUGCCAUCUAAUGGUCAGCCAAACAUGGAGAGGACACCUUCAAAGUGUGAUUUAAAACCCGAUGCUGAAGUAUGCAAUACCUCCAUAGCUGUUGGUUCUUCACAUAGUGCAGAAGAAGGUAAUACAGAGACUGAUGAAACAAAUCAGCUUUCUGAGCAAAAUGAACUAGGACAAUCAAGGCCCCUUGAAGUGGAAGGUAGUAGUUUACCUGACUCAUUAUCGGAAGAGGGUGCCCAACUCCUUGAAAAUGAAAAAGUGGAUCAAACUGAUGACAGAAUGACAGAUAAUGGAGUAGUUUUGAAAUCAGAAGUAACUGCAGCAGCUCUUGAAGUGGAAAAGCAAGUGGAUGAAAAGACAUCUUGUUUAUCUUCUCAGUUGAGUGGCAGUGAUGUUCAGACUCAUGGCAACUUAAAUAGUGGCAGUGGAUUUGAAGAGAAACUGUCAUCUACACCUGAGAUUCGUGACUCUCAGGAGGGAAAGAUUGAGACUGCUGUGAUGUUUCCUGAUGCCAAUCCUUUUGAUGCAGAAUUGAAGGAUAAGAAAUCUAAUAUUGUGAAUUCAGAAAUUCAUGUUAAUCAGAUUGGGAAACAAACACUGAUUCAGGGUCCUCUAUCAGAUCGAAAAGAUGAUUGUGCAGUGCAGGACUUGGGAAGAACAGAUGACAUUAAUAAUUGUUGUGGUAGGGUUCCUAUGCACGUGGAAUCUCCCGCCAUACCCUUACCAGAAAAUGAUCAGGGUGAGAAAUUAAGUUUAAAUGUUCCCGAGUUGGCUGGAACCAAAGACCAUGUCACUAGUGCAAAUCCUUCAUUUUCUGCUCCAAGGUCAGAUGCUGUGGUAAGGCUAGACUUCGAUCUAAAUGAAGGUUGUUCUGCUGAUGAUGGGACACAAGAUGAGAUUAUUGGAAGUUCCUCUGCUGUUCAGCUGCCCAUAAUAUCACCUUUCUCAAUCCCUUCAGCAUCAGAAAGCUUCCCUGUUUCAAUUACUGUGGCUUCUGCUGCAAAAGGAUCAGUUGUCCCACCAGCGAACUCCCUAGCAAACAGAGUUGAACUUGGAUGGAAGGGUUCAGCUGCUACAAGUGCUUUUCGCCGGGCAGAACCACGGAAGAAUCUCGAAAUGCCACUCAGUUUGAGUGAUGUACCUCCUGUUACCACCACUAGCAAGGAGGGGCGCCCGCCUUUGGACUUUGACCUGAAUGUGCCAGACCAGAGACUCCUAGAAGAAGUUACUUUGUCGAAUAUACCACAGAAAGCAAGUGUUGAAUCUGGGCCUAGUGAUCGAGGUGGUGGACUUGAUCUUGAUUUGAAUAAAGUUGAUGAAAGUCAUGAUGUAGUAGGCCCAUGUUCUGUGAGCAAGAGUAGGUUGGAGCUCCCCAUGUCAAGUAGGCCAUUUGUUUCUGGUGGAUUAGGGAAUUGUGGAUUCAGUGUCUCCAGAAACUUUGAUUUGAACAAUGGUCCUUCCCUUGAUGAAAUGGGGGCAGAAACAGUACCUCUCAGUCAGCAGAAUAAAAGCUACAUGCCAUUUUCAUCACUUCUCCCUGGAAUGAAGGUGAACUCUGGAGAAAUUGGGAACUUCUACUCUUGGUUUCCUCAGGGGAACUCGUAUUCAGCAUUAACAGCGAUCCCAUCAGUCUUGCCAGGUCGAGGAGAACAAAGUUAUGUUCCUGCUGCCGUUUCUCAGAGAGUAUUUGCUCCCCCGACAGGCACUGGCUUUGCUGCUGAAAUUUAUCGUGCACCAGUGCUUUCUUCCUCUCCUGCUUUGGCAUUUCCACCUGCUAACUCCUUUACUUAUUCUGGGUUCCCUUUUGAAACUAGUUUUCCUAUACAAUCGAACGCAUAUUCAGGUUGUUCAACAUCGUACAUGGAUUCAUCCUCUGGCUGUUCGCCUGGAUUCCCUACCAUUACUUCUCAUUUAUUAGGACCGGCUGGGGUAGCCCCUACCCCUUAUUCAAGGCCCUUCAUCAUGAGCUAUCCAAGUGGCAGUGGUAAUGUUGGUCCUGAGAUUGGAAAAUGGGGAAGCCAGGGUUUGGAUCUUAAUGCAGGUCAUGGGAUUAUAGAUAAAGAAAGAAUUGAUGAAAAAUUGCCUAUAGCAUUGAGACAACUUUCAGUUCCCAGCUCAAAACCUUUUGCUGAUGAGCAGCUCAUGAUGUUUCAGAUGGGUGGUACACACAAGAGAAAAGAACCUGACAGUGGCUUAGAUGGUGCCGAUAGGUUUAACUACAAACAACAAUGAGUGAGGGCAGUAGCAUUUCCUUGUGGUCACCAACCAAGUCCUGGCCAAAAAAGUACAGACCGAGAAAAAAGAGACAGUAUUUACAUGCAAUAGUGGAACAAAUAAUCAAAGACUGUUUUAGGGCUCGUACUGUUCCCUCUCAAAUGUUGCAGCAACAUUAAUGGUUCACUUUCAGGCAGCUGUAUUUUUCUCUCUGGCGGACACAUCUCGACCGAUUCAAGCAGGCAAGGUUUCGUUUGUAAAUAUCUAACUUUAAUAGAAGCAUAAGGAAGUUGCUGUCUAGAAAGCUGAUGAAUGGUGCGUCCAUCGGAUGAUUUCCCAUUCAUUUGAUACACUCUCGAGCCAAAUCCUUUCUCAAUCCUCCCCUUCACCUUCGGAACAGAACUGGAUGUAAGGACUUUUUUGAGGUUGUGGCCGGCAAUUGUCAAAUGAUACUCAAGCUGUGUUCUUCCCUUACAUAUGUAGUUAUUACUUCAUUCUUACUGUUAGGUUCUUUUUACACUCCUUUUUAUUGAUAGUAAUACACAGGCCCCUUUUCUCUCUUGGUCAUGAACUGUUUUUCUCACAUAAUUUUUUUCCUUUACAAAUCGAAAUUGAAAACGAAAGCAGAAUCCCCCUUCCCAA